AUUUCCUCGCCUCUAAGGACCUAACAAUCUGGGUUGAACCGCGUGUGAAAAGGAGCAUUGCAAAACAGAGAAGGGUGCUAUUCAUUGCAGAGAAUCGCCUGGACGCUCAGUGCCCUUCCAGCCUCCACUCCUCGGGGUCCUUGCCCUGGAUCUUGCUGCUGCUGCCGCUGCUGCUGCCGCUGCUGGAGAAAUCCGACUUAGCUGAACAACCAGGAGCUCCUCAUCGCCCAGGCAAAGGAGGGGACCGAGUCGGGGAUGCUCGGUGGUUUCUUUUCUCUCCUCUGCCCCUUCCUCUUUCCCUCUGCUUAGGGGACCUUUCCACAAAGAGCCAAGCUCCGGAUUUCAUCCCGGUUAAGAUGCACUCUCUUUUGGAUGCUGUGGCGCUGAAUGUGUAAGGAUCGGGCGAGACAUGUCACAGAUGUUGCACAUUGAGAUUCCCAACUUUGGGAACACCGUCCUGGGCUCCCUGAAUGAGCAACGGCUCCUGGGGCUUUACUGCGAUGUCUCCAUCGUCGUCAAGGGACAGGCGUUCAAGGCCCACCGAGCGGUGUUGGCCGCAAGCAGUUUGUACUUCCGAGACUUGUUUAGUGGGAAUAGCAAAAGCGCAUUUGAGCUGCCCAGCUCGGUCCCGGCCACUUGCUUCCAGCAAAUCCUCUCCUUUUGUUACACCGGGAAGCUGACCAUGGCGGCCAGCGAGCAGCUGGUGGUGAUGUACACGGCGGGCUUCCUGCAGAUUCAGCACAUUGUGGAGAAGGGGACUGACCUCAUGUUCAAAGUGAGCUCGCCCCACUGUGACUCUCAGACGGCCAUGAUCGAAGAGGCCAGCUCUGAGCCUCAGAGCCCGUGCAACCCCUUGCAGACGGCAUCCAUGCCUUAUGUCAUGUCCCCUUCGGUGCCCAUUCCGCUGCUCACCCGGGUCAAGCACGAGAACAUGGAGCAGCAGACGCCGCUGGUGGGGCUGCCAGCCAAGAGGUCCUUAGAGGGGGGCCUGCGAGACACAGCAGCAGGAGGUUCCUCGGCCACUACGGCAGUGAAGCUGUCCCGCGUCUCCUACUAUGGGGUGCCCAGCCUUGCCCCUCUCAUCUCCAGCAUCCCACAGGCUCCAUAUGUCCAGGGAGAACGGACAAGUCCCGGGGCCAGCAGUAUUCCAACCACGGACAGCCCCACGUCCUACCACAACGAAGAAGAUGAGGAGGAUGAUGAAGCCUAUGACACCAUGACUGAAGAGCAGUACGGGCAGAUGUACAUCAAAUCUACUGGCGGCUACGCAGGGCCUCCAGAGAAGCCAGAGCAGAUUCCCAUGGAGAGCCGCUCCUGCGUCCUGAUCCGGCGCGAUUUGGUGGCUCUUCCGGCGAGUCUGAUCAGCCAGAUUGGGUACCGCUGCCACCCCAAGCUGUAUUCGGAAGGCGAUCCUGGAGAGAAACUUGAACUUGUUGCAGGUUCUGGGGUUUAUAUCACCCGAGGACAACUCAUGAAUUGUCACCUCUGUGCUGGUGUGAAACACAAAGUCCUUCUUCGACGCCUCCUGGCCACGUUCUUUGACAGGAACACCCUGGCCAACAGCUGCGGAACAGGCAUUCGGUCUUCCACCAGUGACCCCAGCCGGAAACCCCUUGAGAGCCGGGUGCUUAACGCUGUGAAAU